AUGCUGCUGUCUUCCGACAGGGAGGAUGAAAUUGAUCCAGAAGGGUUGGCAUUUAUCAAAGACAGAGCAAUCGAGCUGCUUCCAUACGACAUUAAGCUCACGUAUGAUUUCUGGGAUUCCAAUGAUAUCUUGAGCACCAUUCUACCUCCCGACGUCGUCGUCCCAAAUUCCUUCACGUCGAUGGGGCACAUCAUUCACCUGAACCUCCGCGCCCAUCAACUUCCGUUCAAGCAUCUCAUUGGCGAGGUGUUUCUGUCGAAGAGUCCUGGUAUGAGAACCGUAGUUAACAAGACCGACAAGAUACAUGCUCAAUAUCGCUAUUUUGAGAUGGAGCUCCUAGCCGGCGAGCCUGACUUUAUGGUUCAUGUGUCGGAAUCACGACACACGUUUAUGUUCGACUAUCGCGAGGUGUAUUUCAAUACCCGGCUUGGCACCGAACACGACCGGAUUGUGUCAAAGCUUUCCGGAAAUGGCCUCGUGUGCGACGUCAUGGGCGGUGUGGGUCCGUUUGCCAUCCCUGCAGCUGCAAAGGGGUGUGCUGUUAUGCUGAACGACCUGAACCCCGCUGCGAUAAAAUGGGCAAAGCUGAAUGUGGAGAAGAACGAUGUCAGCGAUCUCAUUCGCCUAUACGAGAUGGAUGGUGUCGACUUCAUUAGAAAAAGUGUUAUUGAUGCGUUCAAGAAACCAUUUCCCCCUUUCAAACCCCGGAUCGGAAGACAGGAACGAAAAAGACUUGAAUGGCUAGAGGAGAAGAAGGAGAAGAAGAGGCUGGCUAAACCCUUGCGCGCACCUUCGCUAAAUCGUAGGAAUGACGGUCAAGGAACAUCAAGAGGACGAAAAACAGACAACGUCUUCCAAUCGCCUAUCAGUCGACCACAAAACGACGCACGCCCCUCUAGUCCGACAAGUUCCAGAACCCCAAAGACACCACUCCUAAUGAACCCCACCGUUUCACAUCGUAAUCCUCCCUCACCUCCGCAAGACCGCUCGUUCUCAACAUUGGAGACCCCAGUAACGUCAUAUACAGACCAGGCACAACGACCGGACGAUGAAUCGAGGGAAUCCCCGUCGACAUCACCUGCAGACCUCGACGUCGUCGACGCUGCGCCUGACGAAGAGCCACAAACAUCCGAUGAUGUUCAAUCUACCCAAACCACCGCACCUGACAUUACCCCACCACUGUCAGAGGCAAUGUCUCAUCUGCCAACCGUGAGCAAGCUUAGUGCAAUCCCAUCUCUAUCCGAUCCUGCUGCAGUCAUCCCCCCAUCAACCAAGAGCGUCCCCAGGCCGAAGUAUUCUCCCUCCAGCAAUCCCCAGUCCCUUCCCGACCUACCAAACGGCAUGGAACGCCGAACUCCGACACAUUACAUCCUGAAUCUCCCGACAACUGCGAUCCAGUUUCUGUUUGCGUUCAGAGGACUUCUCCGACCUAUCAUGGAAACCCACCUGAUGGCCCAAUAUUACAGCCCUACGAAGAAUAUGCCCAUGAUUCAUGUGUAUUGUUUCACGAAUGCGCUAGAUGAAGACUCCAUGAGAGCGGACAUCUUGAAACGUGCAUCUGACCAGCUCAAAUACCCCCUAACGCUGGAUAUGCCGGAACUGGAGCUGCACUACGUGCGAAAAGUCGCUCCAACCAAGACUGGUUGGUGCCUGUCCUUCCGGCUACCAUGGGCUGUGGCCAUUGAAAAUGUAUCAGAGGCGGAGAUUCGUGUCCUUCAAGACGAGUUGCGCAAGAUCCACGAGGAUAUGGAGGGCCUUCCAGACGACGACGAUGCGUACGAGGAAAACCCGAUCUUCCCGGAUGCGAGGAAAAAAGAUAGAAAGGAGUUCCCCAAGGUUGACAUGAUCUAG